AGUGACACUCACUCAUUUCACUCACACCAUAUAGUAACAAGUUAGGUGUUGGAUUGCUCCUCAUUAGCUAGCUUAACAAUGGUGGCCAAGGAAGUUGUGGUGAUCACCCUUAUUGUGGCCAUCCUUGUGGCGGUCGCGGGUGCGGCCCGCACGGAAGGCGGGCCGGGCUUGGCCCGCCGCGGGUCAUCGUCCGCGCCGACCCACCUGCACUUCUACUUCCACGACAAGGUGAGCAAGCCAUCACCGUCGGCGGUGAGGGUGGUGGACCCGGUGGACCCGUCGUCGCGGUCCUUCUUCGGGAUGGUGAACAUCAUGGACGACGCGCUGACGGAGGGGCCUGAGCCCGAGUCCAAGCCCAUGGGCCGGGCCCAGGGGAUGUACAUGGGCUCGGACCAGGCCAAGCUGGGCUUCCUCCAGGCCAUGAACCUGGUGCUCACCGGCGGGCCCUACAACGGCAGCGUGGUCACCGUGCUUGGCCGCAACUGCCCCCUCGACGACGUCCGGGAGAUGCCGGUGAUCGGCGGCACCGGCGACUUCCGCUUCGCCAGCGGCUAUGCUCAGGCCAGGACGCACACCUUGGACAUCAAGACCGGCGACGCCGUCGUCGAGUACAACGUCUACGUCAUGCACUGAUCACUGCAGCUGAUGAACCCAAGAUGGCAAGAUGAUGCUUGACAAAGCGUUUGCUUGCUGUUUUUCUGAAUCUCUGAAUUUUUCACACAGAGUGUUUUUUCUUUUCCUCUUUUAAUCUGAAAAAUAAGUGACCCCUUGGUGAAAGUGAUUAACUGAGGACUGAUGAAGUUCUACAAACUCUAUAAAAGUUGGUUCCUGUUGGUUUGAUCUGUCA